AUGGCCGACUUCGAGGAUCGGGUGUCGGAUGAGGAGAAGGUACGGAUAGCUGCCAAGUUCAUCACUCAUGCUCCCCCAGGAGAAUUUAAUGAAGUGUUUAAUGAUGUCCGGUUACUGCUUAACAAUGACAAUCUUCUCAGGGAAGGGGCAGCUCAUGCAUUUGCCCAGUAUAAUAUGGAUCAAUUCACUCCAGUGAAGAUAGAAGGAUAUGAUGAUCAGGUCUUAAUUACAGAACAUGGUGACCUGGGUAGUGGCAGAUUUUUAGAUCCAAGAAAUAAAGUUUCCUUUAAGUUUGAUCAUUUACGAAAAGAAGCAGGUGACCCCCAACCUGAGGACAUAGAUGGAGCUCUAAAAUCUUGGAGAGAAUCCUGUGACAGCGCAUUAAGGACCUAUGUGAAAGAUCAUUAUUCCAAUGGCUUCUGUACUGUUUAUGCUAAAAUUAUAGAUGGGCAGAAGACUAUUAUUGCCUGUAUUGAGAGUCACCAAUUUCAGCCUAAAAACUUCUGGAAUGGUCGUUGGAGAUCAGAGUGGAAGUUUACCAUCACACCACCUACAGCUCAGGUGGUUGGAGUGCUAAAGAUUCAGGUACAUUACUAUGAAGAUGGCAAUGUCCAGUUGGUUAGUCACAAAGAUGUACAGGAUUCAGUAACUGUUACUGAUGAUAUACAAACUGCCAAGGAAUUUAUUAAAAUCAUAGAACAUGCUGAAAAUGAAUAUCAGACCGCCAUUAGUGAAAACUAUCAGACAAUGUCAGACACCACAUUCAAGGCCUUGCGCCGGCAACUUCCAGUCACCCGCACUAAAAUCGACUGGAACAAGAUACUCAGCUACAAGAUUGGCAAAGAAAUGCAAAAUGCUUAAAGCUGGAUGUGAAAUUCUCCAAUUGUAACAUGCAAAAAAAAGAAGAAGAAGAAAAAGAAGAAGAAGAAAGGAAAAAUAAAAGAUUCAAAGUAUGGUCUCUUAUAAGUAGGUGGUUUAUAAACAAGUGUGGUAUUUUGCUAGGGCUUUCAAAGUUAACAGGUUUUCUAGCCUCUUGGAGUACUAUUGAACCAAUAGCAUUGUCUUAAUGUUUUUUUGUGUGUGUUGUUGUCCUUGCCAUGUAACUUCCUAUUGUGAUUGUAUCUACUUGUAGGAUUUUUUUAAAUUCAGUUAUUUUUAACAGUGUAAAGAGAAAGAGAUAUGUCCUGGAAUUUAUGUACUGGUUAGAAAAUUUCCUAGCCAUGAAAGCCCUCUCACAAACAGGCAGGCAAUGUUUUCAAUACUUAACCCACCUAGCCCUGGUAUACCAGUGGUUUUUACUG